GAUAACUUUGCUUCAAAUCGUUAAAAACACACCCGAACAGAAUGUUUUUUCAAAACGGAAACGCCAGUUAGAGUGCAUAGAGUGCUCUACAGCACUGAAGUGUACAUGUACAAACCAUUUAAACCGAAAAAUGUAUUCCUAAUCGACAUUUUACGGCAUCGGAUGAAGAGGGGAUCGACUGUGGUGUUGUUUUCUCGGUCAUAGCGUGUCAUCUUUGUGGUGCACAUCCGAUAAACACUUGUGUUGGUAUUUUGUUACUCCCUGUUAGCUUUAAAUCUUGAAUUGUGUCCUCGGAGUUUCCUUGUCGUACCAGGCACGCGAACUUGCUUUUAUUUAGCCUUUUUCUUAAGCUAAUUUAGCUAACAGUGACGGGUGAUUGUAGUCGUUUCCCUACCGUUAGUGUCUAUGAUAUUACAUAAUGUGGCGGUAAGCUGUUGAUGUAGCUUAACGCAGGGCUGUUUUUAGAGGAAAAUACGCCUAUAAUUCUUACGCUAGUUCUAAACAUCUGGGUGGCAGCAGCUGUAUUUUACAAUGGGAGUCAGCAGGAUUUACAUUAGCAUAGGAUAUGCUACCUUUGGCACUGUGGUGGGACUUUCUGCUUUCCUCGCCUGGAAUAUAGCAUACAAACAGCCAUGGACGGCGGCCAUGGGAGGCCUGUCAGGAGUUUUGGCGCUCUGGUGUCUGGUCACACACAUCAUGUACCUGCAGGACUUCUGGCGCACCUGGCUCAAAGGCCUCAAGUUCUUCAUUGCUGUUGGUGUUCUCUUCUCAGCUUUGGCAGUGGGCGCCUUCGUCACCUUCCUAACUCUCGCCAUCACACAGAAGCAAUCUCCUACUGACCCGAGGAGCCUCUAUCUGUCCUGUGUGUGGAGCUUCCUGACUCUCAAAUGGUCCUUUCUCUUGGCCUUAUACUCCUACAGAUACCGCCAGGAGUUUGCAGACAUCAGCAUCCUCAGUGAUUUCUAGUCAUUACUGAUUUUAUAGUCUGUGAUGGACUUUGAGGGGUUUUACGCUGCCAGCAGGAGCUGGUCAGAAAGCUUUUGUAACAAAGCGGAGGAAAGCAGACAUGGCUAGAUUAAGAAGUCAUCUGACUUCUACCACAUGCAGUUGCACUUGUUGCUCUUGCUUAACAAGCUCUGUAUUUGUAUUGUUAACCUGUUCUCCUACUUUUAAUGACCCAGAUAUUAUAUUCCUGUAAGAAGUCAUAAGUCUAAACUUCUUAAGACUGGAACUGCUUUUGAAUGAAUUGCUUGAGGCCAUUUCUGGAGGGAACUGCUGUGGUUUUUAAGACAGAUUUUUAUCUUGGGAUUCUUUAAUCUUAAAACAGCUAAUGCAUACAAGGAAAUCCCCACCGUAACAGGCUUUUAAUCCAAUCAUAAGCUGUUAAAAUGAAAAUGAAAGUACUCUCAAAGCUGAAAUCAUCCUCAGAACCAAAACUAAAACCGCCUACCUGAAGCCACUCUGCUAAUAGCUUGGUGUUUGUUGGAGUGCUUGAAUGUUUGUACCUAAAUGAUCUUGUCAUAGUUGCAGUUUUUAAACCGCUCAGAUCAGUAGACCGUCGAUGUCUUAGUGUCCACCAAGUCAGUCUCUUGGCUCCCUCGUGGCUCCAUCGUCAGUGAAGCAAUUUGAGAAAACAUUUUUUUUCUCAAUGUAAUCACUGAUAGUUUAAUUGUCUUUUACAGCUUUUUUUUAGAUGAUAGUUGGCGUUCUUCAUUUCUCUCUUGAUGCCCUGCUUCUAAAAAGAAAAAGAACUCAAGAAAAGGCAUUCCUGUGGAAAUUGUGCUUUUCAUCUUUUGUCCCACCAGGGGGAGACAUUUUUCUGUCCACUGGAAAAUUAUGACAUUCCUCUGAAGAGAAAACACAAAUGCAUUUGAUAAAUAAUUGCACUUUAGUCUUGAUAUUGAUGCCAUUUUGCACAUAAAUCCAGACACAAUGAGGGGGAAAAAACUCAUGUUUUACACAUGGUCAUCUCUGUCUUACGGAAGCAUAAUGCAUUCACUUGAGAAACAAACAUUUGCCCUGUUUUUUCUGAAUUAAUGAGAUCAUUUAGAAAUCUGCAAAAAGGUUUUAUGGAAGAAAGUUUUGAUCCUCAUCAAUUAAUGACAUCAUUUUGCAAUUAAUUAAAAAAUUCUUCUCUUCUCUAAUUAAAUUCUUCUCCUUUAUUUCAUUUUUCUGAAUGAGUACCAUAAUAAUUUGCAAAAAGGGCAACAUUUUUUUCUAAAGUGAAUGCAAUACGCUUCUGUAGUGUCUCACCCUUUUAAAUGUUGAAAAUAUUUAUGUAUCAUUUGUUUUGCAGUUAGUAUGAUUUGUGUAAGUCAAGUGGUUUAGCUUCAGCUGCUCCUGUCUUCCUUUUACCAUAUAACAUGUUUUAUUGAGAGAAUGAAUGUGAGGAUGCUACAUGCAUACAAAAACUGAACCCAUUAAAGUUGCAUUUGUUGUUAAUUGCA